AUGGAUAAAGUGAUAGGUAAACUAAAUUCAACUCGUCUAAACUUUUGGCAAGCCUUCAAGUAAGGGAUCAGCUUGAAGGGUUACAAUUACUAUAAGCCACCCCCUGAACUCAAGUACAGAUAUCCAGCUCCAGGUUCUUGCGCACAUGAGGAAGUAGAUCAUCCCAAUCUCUACAAAAAACAUUGGAAAACUCCUUACAGAGAGAGUCCAUAUAAUAUCUAGAAAAAGGAGAAAAAGAUGUCUGAUGAUAUAGCAUACUCUCACUUUAUCUCUGACUUUCCUUAGUUCGAUCCAACUUAGGAAACUGACAGAAUGGCUUUGAGAGAACAGCAGGCUUCAACUCAUGGAGUCGCUCCACUCUUUGAUCAAGUUGGUAAAUCAAUUGAAGAACAAAGGAAUGAGAUUUGGUAAGCACUCAGUAAUGGAGCAAAGGAUUACGAGCAACUUUGCGAGGAUUACUCCGGCUACAUCAAUGAUUUAGACCAAGAUUAUCACCCACUCUAAGUUCAAUACAGAGAAAGAGAAUUCUCAGGUUUCGAAAAUGAUCCAUUAUAUAAAGAAAUGAUAGUUGAGAUGGAGUACUUCAUUGAAGAAAUGGUAGGAAAGAAGAGAAUCACAGAGAAGAAAAUGAACAUGCUAAAAGGAACACCAAAGAAAUGGUAGAUCUUGGAUGAUGACGCCUUUGACAGAGAUCAAAUUGAGAAGAUUCAAGCAGCAGCUAGAGCCCCUCUUCCAGAUGAGUUAGAACUCUACUAAGAAAAGCAUUCUAAGCCAAUGCAACUACCAAUAAAUAAUGCUAAUGUUUCAAAAUGGAGAGACGAUCAGAGAGCUAUCGAUGGUAUUGGAGCUGACUUCGAUCCAAAGCUUAUUGAGCAAGACAGAGAAAGAAGAAAGAAGUACUUCUUGGAAAGAUUUGAGAAGCCAGUCGAGCUCAAUGAAUGA